GUACUUCUGAGGAAAUUACACUCCCUUCAUUCUCUUAAAGCUGUCAACUUGUCACAAGGGCCCUCACCUCCACCGGCAGAAAACCUUGAUGCUCACUUUUCAUCACCGAAAGAACUGAAUGUGUCCGAGGGCUCUCUAAAAGCCUUAAAAGUCAAAGGUGAACCUAAGCAAUGGAAUGGUGCAAAACAAGCAGUUUUAAAAUUAUCUGAACGAUUUGAGCCGUGUUUCUGGUGGUACCGUACCAUCACUUUGAAGUUUGGUAAUGCUCGGUUGGUCAUAUCUAAUAGAAAGAUUGCGCUAGGCUGCUUGAUGUUGCUCAUAUUUCAUGUUCUCCGGAAGAAAAAAGCUGGUUUAAAGAGGAUUGUUACAAGACAAGCAUUGUUCUUGAAGAAAGCCUUGGUAGAUCUGUGGCAGCUUGCGUUUUCAUACCAAGUGAAUCCUCUAGCUGCUGUUCAACCUCUUGCAGCUGCGACUCGCGGAGGGCAGUGAUGGAAUUUUCAGUCAUGAUCCUCUUUAGGUUUCCAAUAAUACAGAAAUCUUCUCAUGCCAACAGCCUGUAUCCAAGAAAGGGAAGGUUGUUAUACGGUUCUUGUAAUUCAUUUUUCUGGUCAAUAAUUCCAUGAAAUUGUAAUCAUUAGCUUAUGUAUAGUUACCUAUUUAAUGAACAGGUGCAGUUCUUUAUCCAAGCUUUUGUUGUGAGAAAUUAGAUGGAUUGCGGAACCGAGAUGAUUCAUUUUAUAGUCCAGAUUAUAUUUUACAUAUUUAAUAGUGUAUAUAUUGUCACGUUACUUAAAAUUUAAAUGAUGUAGCACCGUAUACAUUAUAAAAUAUUCAUUAAAGUUUUUGUUGUUUUUGCUCA